AUGAUCCUCAACCUCAUCCCAUUACUAGUAGUAGCAGUAGCUGGCUAUUAUAUUUUCAUAAAAUUCAUAGCAGGAAAGUUAGAUUGUCCCUCUAAUAAUCCUAAUAUCCAAGGCCUAGAAAAAGAAGAAAUAAAAGCUGCGAUAAAAGAAGGUGAAACUAAACAAAAGGAAUUAAAAGAUGAAAUUAAAGAGUUAGAUAAGGAGCGAAAGGAAAUCCUCUCCGGUAGUGAUUCAGAUAAAAAUGAGAAGGCUAAAGAAAAAUUAGAAAGUAAAGAAGAGAAGAUGAAAGAAUUACAAGAGAUAGAGACUAACUUACAAGAUUUAAAAGUAGUUGAUAAAGGAGUGUGUUUAGAACCAAGCCCAUCAUCGAAAAAUGAGGCUCCACUCCCAACAACCGAGCUGCCGAAGCCGGCAUCUCCCCUCGUGACAUUUAUGAAUACUCCCGUAAAAGCUAAAAAGUUAGCCACUAUGGAAGCCACUCAAAAAGAACUGAGUGAGGCUAAAAAGCAACUAGAUAAGAAUGAAAGUAUUAUUAAAAAAAAUGAAACGGACAUUGCUAAAUUAUACGAUGAAUUAAGUAAAGGGGGCGAGCAUUUAACGGAAGAACAAAUCAAAUCUAAAAAUAAUAGUUUAAGAGCAGCCACCGCUCCGGUAGUCUAUGUGUGUAGUGGGUUUGAUGGCGAUGCCGCAGUUAAUUAUGUUAGGGGUUCAGAUGGUGAGAGGGAUACUAAUACUGUCAGCAAAUCACAAAAUAAACUCAAUCAUUUACUCAGCGACAGCCAAGAGAAAAUAAUUAAACGAUUGGAAGAUUUGGAAAAGAAAACUGGACAACUCCAGCCUAUAGACCGCAUUAAAGAUACGCAAAAAUUAAGUCCCGAAGAAUUAAAAGACUUAUUGGACAAAGCUCGCCAGGCUUCUCCGGAAGAAAGAAAAAGGAUAAUGGAUGAGAUUAUUACUAAAACCCAUCAGGAACAAGAGGCGAUUAAUAAGAUAUUACAAGAAGAUAGAAAUAAGCAAGAAAAGAAAAUGUUAAAAACUUUGGAAGAGGCCAAGCAAGCCGAACAGCAAGGUGAUAAAAUUAAAGCGUCUCAACUAUUUGCCGAGGCCCGUCAACAUCAGCAAACUAUUAAUACUCAAAAUGAAUUAAUUGCCGAGUUAAAGAAAAAGCAAGUUGAAAGGGAAAAAAUGGCUAAGGAAUUAACUCAGGAAAUAGAUAACCCCUGA